GGAGAAACCUCGUACCUUUGUCACUUCUUCGACAAACCGCUAGUCCAAUUUUAGUUAACUUAUAGCUGACUUCCUAUAUUAACAUACAUGCUACUUUUUAUACAGUUGCGCAAACGAAUUUUUAUUGGUUUAGCUUAAUAACAAUUUAUAGUUUAUUGUACGAUUCUACCGAAGCCAAGCUAUUGUUUGCGAUAACCUGACCGUUAGAAAAGUUAUUUUAAAUUGUUAUGUGAUUUUAAAGCUUAUACUUUAAUUGAUUCGGCACUUAGCUAAAGUGGCAGUCACUGAAUUGAAGAUACUGAUUCGCAGCAAAGUGAGAUGUUCACCGCUUCUUGUUUCCAGCCGUAACGCUAGGAAGUGGUGAAAGCGGGCGUUUUGGGGGUUCGGCUCUUUUGGAAUAUUGACGUUAAAAAGUGCUUAUGUAAUUAGCCUUCUUCGACUUCGAUUUUGAUUGAACCCCACAAAACACUGCUCUUUAAAUUAAAGUGAAAGAAUAUUUACGUUGAAAAUAGUGAUGUAUGAGGAUCGGACACUAACUUUUGUGACGAUUUCUUUGCCUGUUAGCUAAUUAAAGACGGCAAAAGCUGAGUUAAGAAAAACACAAAAUAUCAGCCACCACUAUUUUCUUAAAAAGUAAGAAAAACAUUUAUGAGACUUCAAAUCAAAAGUAUUGAGGGAGAUGGCAAAAAAAUGGAGAAAAUUCAUAUGUAUAUCAUUUCAUCUGAAAACUAUGGGGGGUUCUUUUUUAUUUUAUUUUUUUUCGAUCAAGUCAAAUAGUUUUCCUUUACUGUUUGCUGUUUGUUCAUUGGAAGUUGAACUUGGGUCAGGAAUCACUUGUUUUUUUUUAAACGACUUCCCAAAAAGUAGGAAGUUUUCACUUCGUCGAAUCUUUAUUUUGUAUGUUCACCGAUUACUCAAAGAAGUCUGAACCGAUUUGCAAAAUUGUUGUUUUGUUUGAUAGGAUAUACCUUGCAGGUGGUCCCAUAGUCAUCAGGUCAGGAUGUGAUAAUGGAAACCUUGCGAAAUCGAGGGUAACUUACGAAAGUAUUAGGCUCCAUAUGGUAAAAACUUGACAUCCAGGUGUAUAUCUGCUAGCACUAAUACAAAAGUGAUGGUUAGGGUAGUAAAAAGGACUUAUGCCGGUUUCUGUUUGGCCCGUUGCAAACCCAAUAGAAAAACACUAGAUAGGUGAAAAAUACCUCGGUGACAAGUCGUACCCGAAACUUGGAUCAAUUUUACAUUUUAAUGAAGCUUGAAUGAAAAUUCCCGUAUCAACUAACCUGACAGCUUGCAUGAUUAGGGAUUUCAUACUGUCCUGUGACGUAUAUACGUAAAAACAAAUACACAUAUGGAGUGUCUUCAGUGGUAUGACCUCGUUAUGACUUAUACCGGAAUUCGGAUAAAGCGGACGAAAUAAUAAACAAAUACUCAUGCAAAGUUCAGUUAAUAUUCGAACAGUGUUUUUAACUAUGUGACCUCCACCGCAGGUAGUAAAUGCGUGACAAUCACGAUACAGCUUCUGAAUUUCUUUUUUGUUUUAUUCCGCUAUAAAGUGCUCACUACAGACUUGAAAAAACCCACAAAAAUCAUAAAAAAAGAAUUAAUAUAACAUGAAAUAAAAUUAAUGAAUUUCCGGACAUCACGUUUUUCGCAAAAAAAAUUUAAACGUCUUGCACCUUGUAAUCAUAACAUAAUGCUUCAAUUUCAAAUCACAUGUUUUACUGACAAAAUCAUGAAAAAUCAACAGCACAUAAGACGUUAACUUUUUAAGUUUUGGCAUAAGUAAAAAUAGUUGUGACCCCCUAGGAAGUGGACUGGACUAGUGAACGCAUAAAGUAGUCGAGCGGAGCUGUGAGUGCGCGCAUUACUGAGGAGUUAGUGUGCGCGCGCGACGCCACGUAAACAAUCAGCUCACUAACAUACACAAACAGCGCAGCCUAGUCACCGCGCAUAUACAGCGGGAUGCUGUUCCUGCGCCGACCACGCCUCGCCUCGCCAUUGUUGUAUGGCAACCGUUUCACAUAGGAUGCGCUACCAUCAACAUCGGAACUGUUUCCUGGGAGCUCCGCUAUUGUAAAAUGUAAUAACAUUAAGGGCUUACAUUUGUUUAUAGUUGCCUUAGCUAUGUGAACAUUAGACGGCAUUCUGUUGCGGAAAUAAUAGCAUCGGUUUACAUUAGUGUGUGCAGUUUACACAAAGUGGUACGCUGUGGCAGCAAGUGUUUAGUAAACAAGGUCGAGGAAAGAGCCUGCCACCAGCUAACGAUAACUUUCGACUUUUUGCGUUUUUCAUGAUUAGAGGCUAGAUGAAUGCGCGAAGGGCGGCGCCGCGCGGCACAGCACCCUGUGCGCGGCGCAUUGUGUGUCGGGUAUAAACGCGGCGCGCGCGCCUCUCCGCAGCAGUCGCAGCCGCUCCGCACUCCGACAUGAUCGCCUUCAAGAACACUCUCGUCUACUGCUUGCUGUUCUCCGUCGCGGUGCUCGGAAAACACAAAAAGAUGAAGCCGAAGAAAUUCGUAUCACCGACGACGAAAGGCAUCCAGUGUUACAAUUGUCUAUCGUUCGACCACCCCGGCUGCUGGGACCCCGACCACCCCGACUACGCGAACAUCACAGUCCCCAACAUCGACUGCUACAUCCCGGGCAUGGCGUUCCUGUGCAUCGUGAUCACCUCGGAGUCCGCCAAGCUAGUGGAGACGGGGCAGGAGAUCGGGCCGGUGCGCGCGCGCACCUGCGUGCCCGCCAAGGACUUCUCCAAGAAGACGGUGUCGUACUCGAUGUGCAGCAAGCUGAGCAAGGAGCUGUCGGCGUCGGAGAUCUUCUCGCGCAUCGCGGUGAGCCGGCCGCAGUGCACGCUGUGCAAGAAGCACCUGUGCACGGACGCGUCGCACUGCUAGCCGGGCCGCCGGGCCGCCGGGCCGCCGGGGCCGAGCCGGGGCCGCGCCGCGCCCGCGCCGGGCCGCGCGUGCCGCCGCCACAAUGGGACCGUGUUACGCAACGUGUUUAUUAAACUACCGAACCAGUUUCCAUUCUAAGAAAUGCAAAAACGUAGAGUACUUUGUUGUUUUGAAACUAACACACUUUGUUGAACUAAUCGGAGUUGUCGGGGUGAGGGACGAGCGCGUUAUUCGUUUGUUUUUAUAUUUCAAUUAUUAUUUUAAUAAACUAUGAGAUUAUUUAUUGUUUGUUUGAAUGGUUCGCGUACGAUGCGUCGACAACGUGUGCAAACAAUGGUGACGUACCUUCUCGAGCAUGUGGUAGACGUCGGCCAGGUCGACGCCGGGGUAGGGCGACAUGCCGUAGGUGGCGAUCUCCCACAGCAGGAUGCCGAAGGCCCACACGUCGGACUUGGUGCUGAAGGUGUUGUAGGCGAGCCCCUCGGGCGCCGUCCACUUGAUGGGGAACUUGGCGCCGGCGUGCGCCGUGUACGUGUCGUCGCGCAUGAGCCGCGCCAGCCCGAAGUCCGCCACCUUCACCAGGUGGUUCUCGCCCACCAGGCAGUUGCGCGCCGCCAGGUCCCUGCACAAGCGCACACAUCGCGAUCCUGCCUCACCCGCCGCUCCAACCCAAGGGACAUUCACAUGUGUUUGUGUUUUAAAACAAAUAAACAAAAAUAAGAAUUC